AUGGAAUUAGGCACCUUGGAAUUAGACUUAAAAGGCAGCAUCAAAAAUGUAACUCAUAAAUAGAGCUCAGGAGAAUUAGAAGGAUGGCCUGAAGAAAAUAGAAAACGAGUGCUGACGAUGCUGGAAGAUUCUGGUGCGCUUUUAGGCUCAGAUUCUUUCAGAAGACUAGUUGUUGCUUAUACAGGCUAUGAGUAUUUAAUUACAAUUACCCGAGAUUCCAUAUUAGUUCUAUUAACAUCCCAUUUAAUAAUGAAUCCUUUUUGCUCUUUAUUAAUUGGGGUUACUUAUAAUUUAUUAAAAUGAAAUAUUUAAUCAUUAUAGAAAUUUUAAAGAUUAUUAGCAGAAUAAAUGAAAUUAUUUCAAAAUCUUUGAAAAUCAAUAAAAAUAAUGAAAUAUAUUAAUAUUUAUUAUGAAUGUGAAGUAGAGGUAUAUAUGUCAAUUUUUUUUAUAAUUUUUAAAAUUAUAAAAAAUUUUUGUCAUUGGUUUGUAAGAAUAAAUCAAAUUUUUAUUUAAAUUAAUUGGAGACAUUUCAAACCAUUUAAAUUAUAAUAAAAUUUUUAGGUUUUCUUGAUAUUAAAUAAGUGAAGUAAGAGAAAAUUAA